GUUUCUAUCAAAACCAUUUGGAUACUUGAGACUGGCUAUGCUAUUCCGCUAUGACUGCCUCAUGUCCGUGUGUCUUAGUUAUCAUAAGGGAUUGCUUUUCAUCUCCAAAGGCCUCCUAUUUGUCUGCCUAGUGACAAAGCAGGCCUGAGGUGGUCUUUAAGAUCUUUAAAAGCUUCCUUUGCUGUCAGUGGUAUUUACUACCUCAUUUCCGACAGGUAGGUGUGGUAACCCGGAGCUUCUAGCGAGUUGUGUCGCUCAUCUAUCGAACAUGUUUAUAUCUUUAGUUACUUCCAGUCUCCGAGUAGUCGAUUUUCCGGCAGCUGUUGAGCAAAUGUUCCACGGUACUUACAGUCUCUCAGGAUUUAAAAAGCAUUUCGAUACUCAGUGAUAAGCAGGUGCCACCCAAGCAAAGUUUGGGAUAGGGGGUUUUCCCUUAGCAAAGUUCUGGAUAGGGGGUUUUCCCUUAGCAAAGUUUGGGAUAGGGGGUUUUCCCUUAGCAAAGUUUGGGAUAGAGGGGUUUCCCUUAGCAAAGUUUGGGAUAGGGGGUUUUCCCUUAGCAAAGUUUGGGAUAGGGGUUUUCCCUAAGCAAAGUUUGGGAUAGGCUUUUCCCUAAGCAAAGUUUGGGAUAGGGGGUUUUCCCUAAGCAAAAUUUGGGAUAGGUUUUUUUCCCUAAGCAAAGUUUGGGAUAGUGGGUUUUCGCAAAGCAAAGAUUGGGAAAGGGGUUUUUCUCAAAAAAAGGUUGGGAUAGGGGGUUUUAACAAAGCUUGGGAUAUGGGGCUUUCCUCUUUGUAUGGGAACAUGACUCGUCAUUCCUGUGAAGUAAACAAUCAAUCGACACUGUCUGCUGUCAUCCAAUCAUAUCGAUACCCAUCCUCCCUGUUAUCCAAUCAUAUCGACGCUCAUCCUCCCUGUCAUCCAAUCAUAUCGACGCUCAUCCUCCCUGUCAUCCAAUCAUAUCGACGCUCAUCCUCCCUGUUAUCCAAUCAUAUCGACGCUCAUCCUCCCUGUUAUCCAAUCAUAUCGACGCCCAUCCUUAUCCACCAUCACAUUGAUGUUGGUCUCUCGGUCAUCCAAUAUCAAAGGGUCAGUGACGAGGGGUGUAACCAGGAGGUAGAAUAUGACACCAUGAUAUGUCACCAUCAGUAAAGCAAACACAAUCUUGUAUAGAUCUUAGUCAACACUAAGCCUUCAUCAGUAAACACAAUCUUGUAUAGAUCUUUCGUCACUAUGACGCCUUCGUUAGUAAGGCAACACAAUCUUGUUUAGACAAAUUGUUUUAGAGUAAGUAACCCAAUAUAUUCUUGUUUAGAUCUUGUGUCACCAUGUCCUCAACAUCGACCCCGCCCACAGCCAGCGUGAACCAAACCGAACCCCUCCCCAAUGAUGAAUUCUUCAGCCUGGAGUUUAUGAUCGCAUUCCAGGGCACUCUGCUAUUUCUGGGCCUGAUUGGCAACGGUUUCAUCAUCUUCGUGUUUUUCCGCAAGCUCUCGAUGCGCACGGUGUCAAACUAUAUCAUUGUUAAUCUCGCAGUGACGGACAUCAUCUUCGUGGCGGAGAUGAUGCUCUGGGUGGUUCUAGCGAUCACGCAAGUCGCCGAUAGAUUCCUGUACAACUUGUUUAUCUCGAUGGAUAUCAUCUGUAUGACCUCGUCCAUGUUGUGCGUCACACUGAUUAGCCUGGACAGGUACCUUGCUGUCACCCAUCCCAUGAAAUACCCCGUGAUCUUCUUCAAAGCCCGCAUUCGCUGGUACAUGGCAGCCGCUUGGGCCAUCUCCUUCGCAGCUGGAUUCAUUUCCUUUGCACGCCACUUCACCGAGCCUUCCGAGAUGCAACUCUUCAACAAAGUGUUUCUAAUCGUGCUUACUCUGAUAGCCUAUUGUGUCCCCGUACUCUUCAUAUUCAUCACUUGUGUUAAGGCUAGUAUUCAAACAGCAGCCAGCUAGCUAGCAUAUUAUACUACAUAUUUGUUUGAAGGCUAGUAUUCAAACAGCAGCCGCUAGCUAGCAUAUUAUACUACAUAUUAUAAAUAUAUAUUAUAAAUAUGUUCACUUCCGCUUCAAAUAAAAUGAAGCAUGAAUUUAAAGAGUCAUAAUCCAUGAGAUGCAACCUGUUUUGCCUAUGCUACUACUAUUCUCUCUUUCUAAAUAAGUCAAAGAACAUGACAAAAGCUCACUGAGUGUUAAAGGCUACGAAAAUCAGGAUAUGAUUUGCCAACAAUAUGCGUUUGUAUUAGAAUUGUUUGAGUGGGAUAAAAAUGCGUCACAAUGGCUGCAUGGGAAUUUUCAAAUUCUUACCUAUUGUCGUGAAUUUAUCAUACUACUGAUGCUGGAUCAUGUCCAAUCUCUUCCUAACCCCCUCUCUUGCAUCAAUGUCAUGGAACUAGCAUUUAGGUAUCCACCCAACUUCCCUUCUGCCCUUACAACUACACUGUUUGCUCAUGAUGCAUACGAUAUUCCUUCAGAUUAUGCGAGUGGUGCGGCAUCACCUUCGCUGGACCACUUUUCAGCAAAACAUUUGUCAGAGGAAUAGGAAUGCUGUCCACAAGUACACCACAAGCAAAAGAGAAAUCCGAAUGGCUCUCAAAAUGCUUAUCAUUAUCUUUCCGUUUGUCAUUAUUUAUGGAGUCUACUUUGGUAUCACUCUUUGUGAAAUAUUUUUUAAGGGCUUGCAGAUACCGAUGAAGAUAGGCUUCUUCGUUGGCUACCUUCCACACAUCGUAGCGACAAUCGAUCCCAUUCUCUAUUUGCUAAUCACAAAGGACUAUCGGCUGGUAUUGGUAGGGCUCGCAAGAGGGCAGCGCCGAAAACGGGUUUAUCUGAAAUCUAACUCAAAGCUCAAGCACACUGUUACUGAGAGUCAAGAUACGGAAGAAAACUUGGCAACUGGAAGGACGCCCAUUCCAACUGAAACUAGUCAAGUGGCUUCUAUAACAGUGCACGAAAGCACGUCUGCCUUAGCAACAGACCCGGGAACGUCUGCCUUAGCAACAGUUCCGGGAAACCGACAAAGUGAGUCCACCUUAAAAACAGGGCAAUUUAAAGACGUUGACACCCUGAUACCUUCAAUCAAAAGUGCUUUGCCACUUACGGAAAUUGAUUCACAAGGAACUACUUCAUCAGCUGAUUUGGCAGUUUCUUCUUGUUCCACCUCACCAGCUGGCUUGUACGUGACUUCGCCUUGUUCAACAUCACCAACUGGUUUGGCAAAGACUUCACCUGGUUCCACAUCACCAGCUGGUUUGGCAGAGACUUCACCUGGUUCCACAUCACCAGCUGGUUUGGCAGAUACUUCACCUGGUUCCACAUCACCAGCUGGUUUGGCAGAGACUUCACCUGGUUCCACAUCACCAGCUGGUUUGGCAGAUACUUCACCUGGUUCCACAUCACCAGCUAGUUUGGCAGAGACUUCACUUGGUUCCACAUCCCCAACUGGUUUGGCAGAUACUUCACCUGGUUCCACAUCACCAGCUGGUUUGGCAGAGACUUCACCUGGUUCCACAUCACCAACUGGUUUGGCAAAGACUUCACUUGGUUCCACAUCACCAACUGGUUUGGCAGAUACUUCACCUGGUUCCACAUUACAAGCUGGUUUGGCAGAUACUUCACCUGGUUCCACAUCACCAGCUGGUUUGGCAGAUACUUCACCUGAUUCCACAUCACCAACUGGUUUGGCAAAGACUUCACUUGGUUCCACAUCACCAGCUGGUUUGGCAGAGACUUCCCCUGGUUUUACAUCACCAAUUGGUUUUGCGUAGACUUAAACUCAUUCCACACCACCAACUGGUUUAUCUUCACCUGGUUCUACACCACAAACUGCUUAAGAAGGGACUUCCAACUCGUCAACUAGUGUGUAAUUUCUUCACCUUGUUUCAAAUCACCAACUGGUUUGGCAUUUUCUGCACCUGCAAUCAUGGUAAAAAUCAUUGUGACAUUGUCGGAAUUUGUCCAAAUUUUCAAAACAAUAAUCCAUGCAAGAAAACACAAAACCCGUAAAAUAAUAUUUGCAACCCCUCUUAGAACCCCCCCCCCCCUUCAAUGUUGCGUCAAGUGUUUUGGCGUUGGCAUCAUCCAACAAUCCAACAUUGAAGAGGGGGGGAGACGGAGGGGGGGGGGGGGGGUAAAUUGCGCGUUCCAUAAAGUAUGUGAAAGCAGCACUCAAGGCCUUAUAAGUCCAUAAACGCUAAGCUAAUAGUCAAUAGAAUUAACUUUAUCGUAAAACAGUCCUGAUUUGCGUUAUUUUGACAUUAUAGGUUCUAAAGGAGCAUUCAACUCAAAACAAAAAUAGAUUAUGCGCGCAUGCUUUUUCAAUCGCACCGGAACCCUGUGUCUCAAUGCAAUGUGACCAUGAUUGUGGUUUCACAUCACCAACUAGGGACUUCACCUGGUUCUACGUCACCAGCUGGUUUGGCGUUUUCCCCUCCGGUUCCACAUCAGCUGAUCGAUUGGCGGUGCCUUGACCAGUCGUAAAUACGCGUAGCGUUUGCGUAGGAUCGCCUUUUUGUUUACUUGCAAUGUCUUAACCAGUGGCAUUGUUAGGUUUGACAGGUAAAAUAUUGAUGUAUUAUCAUAGACUAAUUUUUAUAGUUCUAUGAUAGUUUAACAUUUUUAAUAGAACUGUUUAUAUAGUUUUCAUCAUUCCUCUUGGCUUUUAGUAUUAUGGUAUCAUAAGUUUUACCACAGUCUAUUAUAGAUUUAUCAUAGCUCACCAUGUUUAUUAUAGCCCGACGCAAUGAGCUGUUGAAAAUCUUGAUUGAUAAUUACGUAAUAAAUUAUUCUAAAUGAUUAUCUCCAUAAAGUGCCUUUAUCCGCGCCUCCGAUGUAGUCGAAAAGAAAGUGCCACAAAUGUCCUUAUCUGCUGUACCUGGUCGGAACAGAUAUUCUCUUGUGAGGUCAGUCUUUGUUUCUAGCUAUAAACAAGGCUAACGCUCAAAACGUCAACGCAACUACUUUGUUGCACAGGUGUACAACAUCUUUUUCAACAUUUGGUAGAUUUAUAGGUUGUCUGCACCACGACUGCAGACCACCUAAUGUUUCGACAGCCUUGCUUGUAGUCUUUCUACUUAUACCGAUCUUUAUUUCGCGUGCCAUCACCUUCAUAUAGCGUUUAAUUCCACAUAAAGGGCGAAUCC